CAGCUGCUGAGUUGAGGGCGGGGGAAGGCGGCGAGGCGCAGGUCUAUCUCAGAGACUCCGCCGAUCGCCAGUCACCUGCGGCCGUGGUUUUGGCAGGUUGCAGCCGCUCCUCUUACAGCUCUCCGUUGCCUCGCCCAGUAGAGAUGGCCACUGACGGAGACAGCGAGUUGAGGAAACGUGUCACUGAAUCCGAUGAGAAACCUGAACAGAUUGUCCCAAGCUCUGAAAUAGACUCAGAUGAUGACCGACUCCCUGAACAAUCAAUAGAACAGAGAACAAAGGAGAUCCCUCAAGGAACUGGUCAAGAGCCAAGCUUUCUCCACACUCUUCUGUCUCCACUACCACCAAGAUGGAGAAAUUGGGUGAUCCGUGGCAUCUUCACUUGGCUUAUGAUUGGUCUUUUCUGUUUGAUUAUUUUCAUUGGUCCCCUGGCUCUCAUAUUUACAACUCUGCUGGUGCAAGUGUGGUGCUUCAAAGAAAUCAUCAACAUUGGCUACUCAGUGUACCGGAUGCAUGGCCUGCCGUGGUUCAGGUCGUUGUCUUGGUGGUUUUCCAUCACAAGUAAUUACUUCUUCUAUGGAGAGUCAGUGGCAGAUUACUUCAGUGUCAUUUCUUCUAAAAGUGAUAUCAUGCGCUGGCUAAUUGCCUACCAUCGGUUCACCUCAUUUACCAUGUACAUCAUUGGAUUUGUGUGGUUUGUACUCUCUCUGAAGAAGAAAUACUACAUGCGACAGUUUUCCCUUUUUGCCUGGACACAUGUGGCUCUCCUCAUUGUGGUGUCUCAAAGUUACUUUAUUAUCUUUAACAUCUUCCAUGGAAUGAUUUGGUUUAUUGUCCCUGUCUCCAUGAUUGUUAUCAAUGAUGUCAUGGCAUACAUGUUCGGUUUCUUCCUUGGCAAGACUCCUUUGAUUCAACUCAGCCCCAAGAAGACCUGGGAAGGCUUUAUCGGAGGAGGAAUUUCUACUAUUCUCCUUGGAAUGAUAUUGUCGUAUGUUUUGUGCCAAUACCCAUACUUUGUGUGUCCAAUGGAGUACAGUGAGGCUGAAGAUGCUCUGAAGUAUUCAUGUGAUGCUUCGCCAAUCUUCAGACCUCAAGAAUACAGUCUGCCAGAAACAUUAGCAAACUUUUCAGCCCUUUUGGGAUGGAGGAAGACCGUGACCAUGUAUCCCUUCGUGUUCCACUCUGUUGCUCUCUCCCUCUUCAGUAGCGUUAUUGGACCUUUCGGUGGAUUCUUUGCCAGUGGCUUCAAGCGAGCAUUUAAGAUCAAGGACUUUGGUGAUGUAAUCCCUGGUCAUGGUGGGAUGAUGGACCGUUUUGAUUGCCAGUAUUUGAUGGCCACCUUUGUCACUGUUUACAUCAAUACAUUCAUCUCUGAGACUUCACCUCAAAAACUACUCCAAAAGGUUUACAUGUUGAAACCUGAGCAACAGCUUCAACUUUACAACAUGCUGCAGGAUUCACUCAUUGCACGAGGCAUUUUACAGCCAUAACUUGUUCAGUAGCAGAAUUUUAUUUAUGUAAGUAUUGUCUAUAGUUCAUGUUGUGUUGUAGAUUAUGCAAUCUGGAGAAGUGUGUAUUUUACUGUAAGUAAUACUGUUACUUUCUCAGUGCAUGAGGAGAGAACUUUGUGUGAGUGAUAUACACUGUGAUUUUUUUUUCUUUUCCCUGAGCUUUGAUUGGAAAUUUUGAUUUUUCCUAAAGAAAAUAAAACUAUUUAUUAAUCUAUAUUGAGAAAGUCACUAAAUAAAUGUCCUAUUUUUAUAUAAUACUGGCUUAGAAAAGUAGCAGUGGUAUUUUAUGUACAUGGAUAAAGAAGCAGAUCCCAGUAAAUAGUUAGGAUGGUACAGUUUUUUAUAAGGGAUAUGAUAACUAAGGAAUGUUUUAUAAUGGCAAGACCUAAACUAGUAGAUGUAAGAUUCCUUAUAAUGAAACUACAUUCACUGUAAAUGCUUACUUACAUUUAACAGUUUUUUAAACAUUGUACUUUGUGAAAAUAUUGAAAAGUCAUGUUUAUAAUGCACAUAACUUACUCAUUGCUCUUCUCUAUCCUGCUUUAAAAUGAUACAGGUAAACCUGGAUAGAUCACAUGACAGUCUUGUUCUUGUUGUUUUGCAGAAAGAGAUUGGGAACUGUAAAGUCAGUGAUGAAAGAUGUUAAAUUAGUUGUAUUAUUGUCAAACUUUGGUUACAGGAAGAUAUUUUAUGGGAAGGCUGACAUAUAGGUCAAGAGUCUGGAUGUGGAUUAUGGAUUAGGACACAAUAAUCAAGAGUGCAUUCUAUAGAACUUGAGAGAGACAUGUGCAUGGAAGGGUAAGAGCUAUGAAAUUUUAUAUGGAAGAUAUGGUUGUAAGUGCCUGUGCAAGUUAUUUAAAUAGUUCAGUGAUGGAAUGGGUGUAAAGAAACACUCCAAGACUAUGGACAUUGGGAAGAGAGUGGAUUUAUAUAAAGAUUCAUUCUUGACUUGUCAUAAACUUCUAUGUUAAUCAGUGACAAAUCUUAUACAUACAAACAAAAUUCAAGGAUGUACAAAGGCUCUUAAAAGAAAAUUAUAUAUAUAUAUAUAUAUAUAUAUAUAUAUAUAUAUAUAUAUAUAUAUAUAUAUAUAUAUAUAUAUAUAUAUAUAUAUAUAUAUGCAUGUGUGUCUGUGCAUUCUAAACACUUCUCAAGGAGUUAUGUAUAUGUACGUACUAUAAACACUAUGGGUUAAUAAACCAAAGGUGGCUGUAUUUUGAAACUAGUGGCAGUGGUAGUGAGGGAAUGGCCAUUUAUGGUUCCCCAGAGCCCAGUGAGGCGCCAGCAAUAAACCUGUGACGAUAAGUACCUCAAUCAUAAAGAAAAAGAAAGUAAAACAUGUUCCUGCCAUUUCGGAGCUCAGAAACACCUGGAACUGCAGGACAGGGAUAGUGAGUUUUACCAUGAAACUAACGUACUUAAGUGAGGGAACCAACAGCCACACAAGAGCUUCAUGUUGUGGCUUGUUAGUGAUGCACCCUCCAUCAUUAAGGGGUUGUCUUAUACAGUGGUAAUUGCUCAAAUCUAAACUUUUUCCUUAAAAAAUUGUGGGUCAUCUUAUAUACAAAGUCGUUUUAUAUUCUGACAUAUACAGUAGCUGUGACCAGAGUUCUGCAUGCUAUAGGUCAUCAUAUACUGCAUGUAUGAGGCUGUUAGACAAAACAAUGAACUUAAUAUUUAUUCACUGCAUUGAGUAAGAGAAAUGACGGAAAUUUACAGUGAUGAUCACUUCAAGGGAAACUUCUUUUUAGAAGCAUAAAUAAAAGUAGUAAAUGCAAGAGUUUAUAAUAAUCUCCAAGUUACAUGUAGAUAAGAAGUAUAUGAACAGAUCGAUCACUACGGUGAUGCACCAUUUGUGAAAGAGAUGGGGUUUGGUGGGAAAGUGAAGUUGGAUUCCAGUAAUGAAUGAAGACCAAAGACAAGUGAUCUACGUGCCAGGCAUCCAGGGAUGGCAAGACUACCCAGUCUGAUCCUCAGAUAAGUCCAGAGUUGCUCACACUCUUUAUUAUAACCAAAGUGUUAACCACUUUCCUGCAUAUUAACAUCUACCCUGUAAGUGGUACUGGUGUUGCAUUUGAUUAUAAUCUACCUUAACUUGUUGGUAUUUUAAAUGGCCUGAGGUGUGCUGUGGUGCUAGUAACAAGCAUGGAAUGAGAGGACAAAAAAAUUACAGAUCACACCUGUGGAGCAAUAGCACACCAACUUAACAAAAUGUGAUCCAGGCUUUAAAUCUCCAGCUAAGUGGAGACCACUUAGAUGAAUCUCCUUUUAUAGUUAAAGCUGUGCACCCAAUCAAGAAUAUGGGGGAAGGCUUUACUUAAUACCAUUUAGGUUAUGCAGAGCUAAACUUAUGCAGCAGUAUGCAAGGUAAUGAAGGCAGAGAGAAUGGUAAGUAGACAAUGCACUUAAAGAACAAUAAUCCACAACAAUGAUAACUGUCUGCUCCAUCCAGUUUACCAGCAAUUAAUAUAAUGCCUUUGUUGUGUAAUGAUUGCUUGAAAACUUAAGAUUUUCUUGUAUUGUUUUCCAUGUUUUGCUUUAAAUUUUAUUAGCUGUUGAACCCUAGAAUAGCUCAUUUAUACAAAUGAAAAAUGUAACCUGUUUCAUAUGUAGUAAAAAUAUAUAUUUGAAUAAUUGUUAAAUACAUCAUAUAGAUAUUAGAAUAUGACUACCAAACCUGUUAAUGGUUAAUUAAAAAAAAUAGAUUCCUAAUUUCAAUUAUGUGAGCAGUAUAAAUAUUUGCAAUAUUAUCUAACAAAAUCUAUUUUCAUAAAAUGCAUCAUAUAGAGAAGUGUAUUGUUCCAUAUGAUUCAGUACACACAACCUGCCUAUCAUGGAGGCAGGAGAGACGAUGAAUACACUCAUGCUAUUGACCUGCUGUUGCUGAAUGAUGUGACAGCAACACAUUGAUGCAUUGUUACUCAUGGGAGUGAUAGUUUAGAUCAGAUAUUUGUUAUCAUUUGAAAUACAUUGUAUGAAUACUGUAUCCUUACACACUAUCCAUAUGUUGUAUGUUUCCAUGGUAGGUGUUUUGAAGUUAAUUAUAAAACAUACUGCCAAUAAAAAUGGUAAAAAAAAGCCAAACUAUGAUAAUAAUCUUGAUUUAUGUACUUAUAUAGUAGCUUAGCAGGAACAAAAUAAUAUUGUGCAUUGUUGAGUCAAUCACAGAUAUAUUACAAUCUUGAAGGACAAUAUGACUGCAGGGGCUACCAUGCAGGCAGUUAUUUGGAUAUGACGAAACUCAGCUGGAUUUUCCAGCAUAGUAUUUUCCAAAUCUGUUUUUGAAAUAUCUAAUAUUUUAUGUAAAAUGUAUUCUUUAGAGUGUAGUCUGACCAACCCUGUUGCAUAUGACAAAAUAGAAUGUAAUGAAAAAAAUGGAGGAAGUUAGAGUAGCUUUGAAAAUAGAGUAUCAUGUGUGGCUUUGAUGGUUUUAGCUGCUUGUAACCUCUCCCAGUCAUUUGUUUUACUAAAAAUAUUCUCAUAAAAUGGAAGUUGUGUAGGAAUGUCAGUAACAUUGGAUGUACAUAAUUAUAACACCGAAUUUGUUAUUUUGACUGUGUAUGUGUGUGUGUGUGUGUGAUUUGAUAUGUAAUUAAUGUUAUGUUUAUACAUUUUAUGUUUACAACUAUUAUGAUACCAAUAACCAGUCAGGAAUACAAUCUUAAGUUACUCCAUUGAUGUAAUGACAUUACCAUAGAAAAUAAAUGAAUGAUCUCAAUAGUAACAUAUCUCAAGAGAUAUAUCUAGUAUGUACAAAUGUUAAACUGCAUUACUCAUUACAUGACAUAACACAUAUAGGUAAAUAUGAUCUAUAUUUUAUGUAGAUCUAUUAAUAUUAUGCAUUAAAAGUUGUCAAGGUAGUAUGCGACACAGUGGGACAACACUUUGCUGUUAAUAUAACUUCAUUAUAAAUAGAUGAAGCCUCAGUGAAAAUGUUAUGUAAUUGGUCCCAGAGACAUCAUGAAAGUAGGUACUUUUAGAAGUUUUCAGUAUUUCAAACUUAACCUAAUGCCACUUUAACUUUCAAAGUAAGAGCUGCACAGGAUCCACCUACUGAAUAUCUGCAUUAUGAAAAAAAUAUUGUCUUCUUGGUUAAAGAUAAAAUUCUCUCUCUCUCUCUCUCUCUCUCUGGUGUGUGUGUGUGUGUCAUUAUCUGAUACCUAAAGAGUGUACAAACUAAAUACAUAACACUAACCUGUGAGCCUUUAAUGGAGUGAGUUGAUCCUAGGAGGUGUAUUCAUAGUUGGAUUUGCUCUUUCAUACUUCCUCUGCUGUCAUUCUUGGUGGUGACAUCCUCAUCCAAUACAAGUCAAACUAAUACUGGUGCAUCAUUAUUAUCUUUCAUUGCGUCUUUGUCACCAUCAUCUUGGCUGUGUAAUGUUGCUAAGACUUCACCGUGGGGAAAAAAGUGGCUGGGUAAUCUGUAUCUGCUGUUUCUUAUUUUGUAUUUAAUUGUAAGAAUGAUUAAGUUCCUUUAUAAAUUUUUUUAUUUUUUAUUUAUUUAUUUAUUUUUUUAUUAUUAUUGAGGGCAAAAGUUCAAUUGAUUCAGCAAGAUUAAUUAGUGCAUUUUUAAAAACUUUCAGACAGCUUUCUUGCUCUUACAGUUCCUUGUCCCCUGGUGUUGUUCAAUUUUCUUUUUCAUGUGCAUCCUCUGUCACGUUGAAGACCAUCUUAUUUCAAUUAUAUUGUUAGCUGAAAGUGCCACUUCUAUCUUAAUCAACUGAUAAAUUUCUAUUAACUUUGGAAGAAAGUGUCUAUGAGAUGGUAUCACUAAUCUCUUGAAGUACAGGACACAGUAUAUGAAAGAGCAGACCAAAAUCAUUAUAUCUAAAUCAUAAACCAGGCUUGUGUCCUCUACUUUAGAAAAACCAAGCCUUGUCAUUGCUUUUCAUUGUAUCAUUCAGACACAUUUAAGUUCAUAUGUACUUUGGGCCAUCAUAUGUAGACAGAAUUUAAAUGUAAGUAUAUCAUACACUGUUUGUGAAAAGAUAAUUAAAGUUCAGGGCAAUAUCAAGGAUCACUGCUGAAAGGGAGAUUGUAAUUAAAAGAGAAAUGCAAUAAUGCUACAAAUUCUGGAGAGAGAGAGAGAGAGAGAGAGAGAGAGAGAGUAAAUAUAUGAAAGACUAGUAGUUGAUAGCACUAACAUGGAAGCUGAAGGCUUACAUCUCUGAAAUGCUUGUUGUUGGCAGCAAGUACAAUAUAUCACCAAAGUAAAAUAAGGCAAAUUACAGGUGUUGUUGAAUUGAAUUAAGCCAAAAUGUACAGUCCCACUGUGUGUGUGUGUGUGUGUGUGUGUGUGUGUGUGUGUGUGUGUGUGUGUGUGUGUGUGUGUGUGUGUGUGUGUAUAAAGGAGUUAGAUAUGUUGAAGAACAGAAAAGUAAUAUUCUUUGGAAUUAGACUCCUUGAUUAGCUUUAGAAAAUGCAUAUGAAUAAAUCCAUGUAUAGUUA